AUGUCUAUAUUGUACGUAUUGGCUACCCAUUCUGUAAUGUUACAGGCGUUGUAAUAAACAAGUCAACUGUCUAAUAUCUCUGGAUCUACAGUCUUCCUUGCAUUUUCACAACGCUAGUGAAAGACAGCCUAAUUGUCCACAAAUAAAUGAAAACACUAGAAUGGUAAUUUUCCAUGAAGAAUAAUUGUGUGACUUGCUUCAGCUGGCCAAAUGUAUUUGUAUGUGGUAGUAGUAGUAGUAGUAGUAGUAGUAGUAGUAGUAGUAGUAGUAGUAGUAGUAGUAGUAGUAGCAGCAGUAAUAGUAGCAGCAGUACACUCUUAGAAACAAAUGUGCUAUUUAGAACCGAAAAGGGUUAUUUGACUGUCCCCAUAGGAGAACCCUUUGUAAAAUCCUUCAUGGUUCCAGGUAUCACCCUUUUGGAUUUCCAGAGAGGGUUAUUCAUGGAACCCAAAAGAGUUCUACCUGGAACCAAAAAGUGGGGACAGCCAAAGAACCCUUUUGGAACUUUUUCUGAGAGUGUAGUAAUAGUAGUAGUAGUAGUAGUAGUAGUAGUAGUAGUAGUAGUAGUAGUAGUAGUAGUAGUAGUAGUAGUAGUAGUAGUAGUAGUAGUAGUUGUUGUUGUUGUUGAAUAUCUAGGGUGGUCUUGUGAAGCCAAUCAAAUCAAAUAUAUUUGCACUGAAUACAUUACAGUGAAUUGCUUAGUAUUUUAGUAUUGAUUUGGAUCCUUAUUAGCUUCCCAGGGUCCAAACAGGAAUAGAGUAAUACAUCAUAAUAAAACAAUAGUCUACAUCAGCUUACAAACUCUUUCCCAAUGAUGCAGUUAAAAAAUAACAUAGUAAAAACACAAGAGAAAUAAAGCACACAAGUAUGAAGCUAUAUACAUGGAGUACCAAUACCAUGUCAAUGUGGAGGGGUAUGAGGCAGUUGAGGUAGAUAUGUCCAUGUAGGCAGGGGUAAAGUGACUGGGCAUCAGGAUAGAUCAUGAUAAUAAUAAUAAUAAUAAUAAUAAUAAUAAUAAUAAUAAUAAUAAUAAUAAUAAUAACAAUAAUAAUAAUAACAAUAAUAAUAAUAACAAUAAUAAUAAUGUAAUGAAUACUCGGACAGAGUGGUAAGAUCCAAUCACAGAAUAGCGAUGCUUUAUUAGAGUACAGACAAGGGAAUAGCUUAAUCGUGGUCGGGCGGGCUGUGGUCAAAACCGGGCCAGGCAGAGACAGGCAGAGGUACCAAGGGAGCGGGCUUAGUCGUAGUCGAGGUCACAGACACAGGAUCAGAGGACGGUAAUCACUGGGGUAGACAAGCAGAGGAUUAAGCAAUUCGGGGAGUCAAACAACAAGGCACAGGUCGGAUACACGGGUAAUCAAAAACAACAAACUCUCUCUCUCGGAACAAAACGCUUAGCAAGUCACAAUGGAACAAUACCUCGCACCGACUGAACUUCUGAGCACACCUUAUAUCCUACACUAAUUACUGACAGGUGUGCUCAGAACUCAGGUGAACCAGAUCGAGUCUGAUGACUCCCCCUCUCUGUAGAUCGGGGAAGUGUCAGACUCUGCCUAGACCCAGCCAACCUCCGAUCCCUUACAGUAUCCCCCUCCCCAGGGCCGGCUCCUGACGGCCUUCUACCUCUACCGGGUGGUCUUCCUCUGGGUCGGGGUCCUGGAUGAUCUGGGUGUUCAGCGUGGAAAGUGGCCUUGAGAGCGGGAUCCAGUAUGUCCUUAGCAGGGACCCAGGACCGUUCCUCAGGUCCAUAUCCCUCCCAGUCCACGAGAUAUUCGAUGCCCCCUCGUCUCCGUCUUGACUCCAGUAUCUCGUGGACUGUAUAGGUGGUGUCCUGUUCAUCCUUCCAAAGGUGGUGUAGUAGGUUGUUGAGCGAUUGGGGGGUACAUCGGGCUAUAGUGGACAGGUUUCAAUAGGGAGACGUGGAACGUAGGGUUUAUCCUGUAGUGUCGAGGGAGUAACAGACGGUAGGUGACAGGGUUAAUACGUCUCUGUACCUUGAAAGGACUGAUGUACCUGGGUUGGAGCUUCUUGCAGCUCCGUCGGAACCGCAGGUCUCGGGUAGACAGCCACACUCGUUGCCCGGGUUGAUAAGUGGGAGUAGGUCUCCGGCGUCGGUCGGCGUAGGUCUUUUGCUGUUGUGAGGCUUGACUGAGAUGUUGAUGGGCCGUCCCAUACCUGCGCACUCCGACGGAACCACUCGUCCACAGCCGGUACCAUCCCUGAUGCGGUAUCCCACGGGAACAGGGGUGGUUGAUACCCUAGAACACACUGGAAGGGCGUUAGGCGUAGGGAGGUGUGAAUGAGUGAGUUCUGAGCAUACUCUACCCAAGGAAGGAAUCGGCUCCACUCUUGCGGCUGCCGCGAACAUUGUUGCCGUAGAUAUUUCCCAAUUUCCUGGUUGAGCCGUUCUGUCUGCCCAUUGGCCUGGGGAUGAUAUCCGGAAGUUAGGCUAACCGAGAUGCCCAAGCGUUCGCAGAAGGCCUUCCAUACCCGGGAUACAAACUGGGGUCCCCGGUCGGAAACAAUAUCCUCCGGGACACCAAACUGCCGGAACACCUGGGUAAACAUAGUCUCAGCCAUCUGAGUGGCGUUAGGCAAACGGGUCAUGGGUACUAACCGGCACAUCUUGGAGAAACAAUCGAUGACCACGAGAAUUACAGUAUGGCCCUCUGAUUCUGGUGGGUCGGUAACAAAGUCCAUUGCAAUAUGCGACCAGGGUCGUUGAGGAGUUGGCAAUGGCAUCAGCUUACCCUCCGGUAGUGCACGAGGUACCUUGGUCUGAGCACAUACUGGACAGGAUAAGACAUAGUCUCUGACGUCAUCGGUGAGGGAAUCCCACCAGUAUUUUCGGCUGAUGAGUCGUGCAGUUCGAGUGAUUCCGGGAUGACCAGAUCCCAGCGACGUGUGGCACCAUUCCAUCAGUUGAGGUCGAAGCGGAGCUGGUACAAACACCUUUGACUCCGGGGUUUCUGGAGGGGCUGGUUCCGAUUGUAGGCUCUCCUGAAUAGUGUCAUCGAUAGCCCACCUCACAGGACCAGCACGGCAACUCCUGGGGAGGAUAGGUUCUGGUUCCACGGGUCUUUCCGCGCGCUCGAACCGUCGGGAAAGCGCGUCCGCCUUACCAUUCUUGGACCCGGGGAUAUAAGAGACAGUGAAUCGGAACCGGUUGAAGAAUAAAGACCACCUUGCCUGUCGGGAGUUCAGUCGUUUCGCACUGUGAAGAUACACCAGGUUGCGGUGGUCCGUGAGCACUUGGAACGGAUGCUCUGCUCCCUCCAACCAAUGUCUCCACUCCUCCAGUGCUAACUUCACCGCCAGUAGUUCACGAUUACCCACGUCGUAGUUCUGCUCGGCCGAAUUCAGUUUCCUUGAAAAGAAAGCACAGGGUCGUGAUUUAGGCGGCUCACCUUGGCGUUGGGAUAACACGGCUCCCACUCCAACCUCCGAGGCGUCCACUUCCACGAUAAACGGCAAGGUAGAGUCCGGCUGACAUAAAAUAGGAGCGGUGGUAAAGCGUUGCUUCAACAUUUCAAACGCACGCACUGCCCCCUCCAUCCAGUUCAAACCGCGACCCUUGUAGCUGGUCAUCGCCGACAGAGGAAGGGCGGUGGUGCUGAAAUUACGCACGAACCGUCUAUAGUAAUUGGCAAACCCCAAGAAUCUCUGGAGCUCUUUCACCGUCUGGGGUUGAGGCCAAUCUUGUACCGCUUGUACGUUGGAUUCAUCCAGUUUAACCCCGUCGGGAGUGAGUAUGGCCCCAAGGAAGGAAAUCGUGGCGUUGGUAAGUCCAUAGGGCAUGACACAAUAUUCAUAGUGUCCUCGAUGUGUGAUGAAGGCGGCCUUCCAUUCAUCCCCUUCUCUAAUGCGCACCAGAUUGUACGCACUCCUGAGGUCCAGUUUACUGUAGAUAGAGGCCUGCCCCACCUGCUCGAGGGCUCCUGGGAUCAACGGAAGAGGGUAACGAUUUUUUAUGGUAAUAUCAUUCAAACCUCGAUAGUCUAUACAAGGACGCAGUCCGCCAUCCUUUUUCUUCACGAAGAAAAAACUGGAUGCGGCGGGAGACGUAGAUGGGCGAAUGGCCCCUUGCUGUAGCGCCUCAUCAAUAUACUUGCUCAUCGAUUCUCGUUCCGGCUGUGACAACGGGUAGAUUCUUCCACGAGGCGGUGUAGUCCCGGAUAGCAGAUCAAUCGCACAGUCCCAGGCCCGAUGAGGUGGUAAUACGGUAGCCCUCUCCUUGGAGAACACCUGCGCGUAAUCCUGGUAUUCUGUUGGAACAACAGUAGACACCGCACCCUGCGCAUCCUCCACAGUAGACAUUUUGCAAGGUAACUUGAGGCACUCUGCCCUACAUACCUCACUCCAAGCGGUGAUAUCGCCAGAUUUCCAGGAGAUUACCGGAUCAUGGGUGACGAGCCAGGGGUGGCCGAGAACUAGCGGCUCCCGUGGAGCGGAGAUGACGAACAAAAUGAUGUCCUCAUGGUGUAUGGAGCCCACUUGUAACUUGAUUACCUCAGUACGUUGCGUAAUGAACCCAGUGCCCAUGGGCUCACCGUCUAGCGCGUUGACUCGCAGGGGAGGUUGAAUGGGGAUAAGUUGAACUCCCAAUUCCUCAGCGAGACCCAUAUCCAGAAAACUGGCAGCCGCUCCGGAAUCAAUAAGACCCUCCAACCUGCGCACUUUCUCUCCGACCGAUAAGGUAACUGGCACAUACAUUUGUUUAGAUGUAAUGUUGAACACUUGAGUCUCACUCACCGGUUUGGCAGUUCCGAGGCGAUAUCCUGGGUUACGGUUUGGGCGUACCGGACAUUGACGAAAGAAAUGACCCGACUGACCACAAUACAGGCAUAGUCCGUCUUGCCGACGUUGUUGUCUCACCGAAUCUUGUAGGGGUGACCGUCCCAGUUGCAUAGGUUCCUCCUCAGAUUCUCUCCUCCGCUCUGUCGAUUGCGUAGAACCAGUGACGAGGGCUCCCGGACUGUGGAUACCUUAUGUUGCACUAUCAGAUUAUCAAUAGAGAUGGCUAUUUUGAUAAACUCAUGUAGCACAGUGAUAUCUCCUCGACAAGCCAACUCAGUCUGUACGUCUUUGCGCAGCCCUCUUCGGAAAACAGUGAGCAAAGCAGUCUCGCUCCAUCCGCUACCGGCUGCUAUAGUACGGAACUCCAAAGCGUAGUCGGCUACUGUGCGACGGCCCUGCUGAAGUUCGCAUAGUUGGUCUCCCACACUACGCCCAGAUACUGGGUGGUCGAACACCUCUUGGAACAGUAUUUUGAACUGAACUUCCGCAUUCAACUCGGGGACCUCAGCUGCCCAAAGCGCAGUAGCCCAAUCCAGUGCUCUUCCCGUUAGCAGAGAAAUCAUGAAAUCCACCCUGCUACGGUCAUCGGGAAACAUAGUACGAUUAUACGACAUAUACAGGGACAUCUGGAGUAGAAACCCCUGACAUUUGCCAGGUUCCCCGUCGUACCUUGUCGGUAGAGAAAUCGGAGGUGCAUGACGAGGACUGACCGUGCUUGGGGUGGUGCCCUCAGCCGCACCAGCGUUGAGUAGUUGCAGGAGUUCAUCCAUCCGUUUCUCCUGUAUCUCCCAUCGCCUCUGUAAUUCCGCUGGAUCCAUGGUAUAUGCGAGGUAUUCUGUAAUGAAUACUCGGACAGAGUGGUAAGAUCCAAUCGCAGAAUAGCGAUGCUUUAUUGGAGUACAGACAAGGGAAUAGCUUAAUCGUGGUCGGGCGGGCUGUGGUCAAAACCGGGCCAGGCAGAGACAGGCAGAGGUACCAAGGGAGCGGGCUUAGUCGUAGUCGAGGUCACAGACACAGGAUCAGAGGACGGUAAUCACUGGGGUAGACAAGCAGAGGAUUAAGCAAUUCGGGGAGUCAAACAACAAGGCACAGGUCGGAUACACGGGUAAUCAAAAACAACAAACUCUGUCUCUCGGAACAAAACGCUUAGCAAGUCACAAUGGAACAAUACCUCGCACCGACUGAACUUCUGAGCACACCUUAUAUCCUACACUAAUUACUGACAGGUGUGCUCAGAACUCAGGUGAACCAGAUCGAGUCUGAUGACUCCCCCUCUCUGUAGAUCGGGGAAGUGUCAGACUCUGCCUAGACCCAGCCAACCCCCGAUCCCUUACAAAUAAUAACAAUAAUAAUAACAAUAAUAAUAAUAACAAUAAUAAUAACAAUACUAAUAACAAUAAUAACAAUAAUAAUAAUAACAAUAAUAAUAAUAAUAAUAAUAAUAAUAAUAAUAAUAAUAAUAAUAAUAAUAAUAAUAAUAAUAAACUAUUAAACAGUAGCAGCAGCGUAUAUGAUGAGCGAAUGUGUACAUGUGUGAAAGUGUGUGUGCGCGCGUGUGUGUGUGUGUGUGUGUGUGUGUGUGUGUGUGUGUGUGUGUGUGUGUGUGUGUGUGUGUGUGCGAGAGUGUAAGUGUGUUUGAAUUUGUGGAUAGAGUGCUGUGUGCAUAGAAUCAGUGUGAUUUUUAAAAAAUGUAAUUAGAGUGUUUGCCAUGACCAGCCUUUCAAAGCACUUCAUGAUUACAGAUGUGAGUGCUACGGGGCGAUACUCAUUUAGGCUGGUUACCUUAGAGUUCUUGGGAACAGGAAUAAUGGUGGUCAGCAUGUUGGGAUUACAGACUAGGACAAGGAGAGGUUGAAAAUGUUGGGAUUACAGACUGGGACAAGGGGAGGUUGAAAAUGUUUGGAUUACAGACUGAAUAAAUUAGCUUAAUGAAAGCAGUUGAUGCGGUUACUAAAACAGCUGUAUCGUUUGAUUGGUAGAAUAUAUUUCUGAUCUGAUUUCAGAUUUGAAUAGCAGAGAAGUAAAUUAAGAUGUCAUACCUUCUAAAUGUGUGUGUAACUUGUUGGGAAGGUGGUAAAAGUAGCGGAUUUGUGUAAAAAGUCACAUUAUUGACUAACAUUCUUAGAAUUGUCUUCCCCCAGUGCUAUAAUUUGACAUUUCUGAAAGUUCCUUGGCAGUUAAUUCAAUAUUGGAAGAUUAUCUUAAAGGGAUAGUUCACCCAAAUUACAAAAUGAGUGGUGUCCUUACCCUAUAAGCAGUCUAAGGACAAGGUAUGACAGCAAUCCAUGCUUUGGUUUAGUUUCCCUGGCACUGUUUCCACAUGUUAACAUUAUAGCAUUUGUGGCACAAAUCCCGUUCAAGUAAUGGGACCAAUAUUUGAAUUUUUCAUGCAUUAUGUUCAAAUCAUAUAUAGGUGACUUUGUUGAGAUUCAUAAUACAUUUUAGAUACUUUCCGAUGAUUUGGAAAAAUGCUUAUGUCGGUCCCAUGACUUGAAUGGGAAUUGUGCCACGAAUGCUAAAAUCUUAGCAUGUGGAAACUAAACCAAAGCAUUGAUUGCUGUCACACCUUGUCCAUAGACUGCUUACAGGGUAAGGAAGCCAAUGUGUAAUUUUGUAAUUUGGGUAAACUAUUCCUUUAAUUAACGUAAUUCACAUGGUUACUAAAACAUCUGCACCUCUUGAUUGGUAGAAAUUAUUUCUAGUUCUGAGUUCAGAUUUGAAUACAAUAUAAACUUGCCAAUAUUUCAUAUGCUCUAAUUUUUUGUCUAAAUUGUUGGGAAAGUGGUCAAACGUUCAGUUGUUUUUAAAAGUUGAGAGAAAAAGUAGUUGAUGUUGUUACUAAAACAAUUGUAUUAUUUGAUUGGUAAUAGAUAUAUGGAUAUGUCAGAUUUAAAUAGCAGAGAAAUAGAUUAAGAUCUCAUACUGUGUAAAUUGUUGUCUAAAUUUUUGGGAAAGUGGUCAAAGUACCCACUGGGCACAGACAUCAAUUCAACGUCUAUUCCACAUUGAUUUAAUGUAAUUUCAUUGAAAUGAAGUGGAAAUAGUGUUGAUUGAACCAGUGUGUGCCCAGUGGGUAGCUGAUUUGUGUCAAAAGUCACAGUGUUUACAGUGAAGAAUGUUGGAAGUCACAGCUUGAUUUAUACUUGGUCUAACGACAUGUCUGUAGACAAUUAGAAUGUGACUGUCGGUUUCAUUUGUCGCAGACACAUUAACAAAAAUUCAACUUUGACCCUGUCGCAGCAUCAGUUGUCAUGGUUACCUGCCUGCAACAGCAUCGAGACAGUGCAGAAGUUCAACAAUUAUUCGGUAGAAUACCCUGCUUUUAUUUCAUCCCACAAUUUUCUGUUAUUAGCCUGCCAUUACCUUGUAAAUAAUGAUCUUGUUGUGAGUUUAUUUUCCUGUCGUUUUGUGUGUUUAUACUUUUUCAUAACGACAACGACAAGUUUGAUGUCGGCCGACAAUAUAAUAUUAAUGAUGUCACUCUCUACAGACAUGUCGAUAGACCAAGUAUAAAGCAGCCUUAAAAAAUAGAGUUUUUAACAAUUGGAGCUUUGAUGGAGGUCAACUGACCAAAAGCGCAGCUAGAAUGAAAUGUUUUUUUGCAUCUGACUGGAAGUGUGCAGACUUUUUCCUGUUUCUCCAGUUUUGCCUUUAGCCUCCGACACCUUCUCUGAUCAGCUCUGGGUGUGCGGUAGAUUCUGCCUUUUAUCAACAAAGGGAGCUUUAGAAGGUUGAAGAAAUCCCAUUAAAGCGGAUGGAGGUUUUUUAGGAGGACAAAAAGCUUAAUAGUUUAAAAAGUACAAAUAGUUUAAAAAAGUUAUAUUUAAGCACUCUAUUCCAGAACAGUCUGCAUGUUUUAAAGUUUGAAUGGCAUUUCUAGCUUAAAUGUGUAAGAGGAGUAGUGUUCCAAAGUAUAACAACUACACUGUAAGUAAACAAGUACAAGGUUUAAAGUGUGACUGCUGAAUCAAGUCACAUUAAAUAUGCCUGUAACUUUCCAGAGGGCCUGGUGGUGUGCAGGUGGAGAGGAGGACCAGAGUACCCCCCAGCUGGCCAAGGGCGGAGACAUCAUUCUAGGAGGCAUCUUUUCAUUCCACAGCAGCUGGCAGAACAGAGAGCUGAACUACACACAGAGCCCACCACCUCUGCAGUGCACCAGGUAAACUGCAAAAUAAGUGCACCAGGUAAACUAUUAGCAGGGAUGGGGUUGGCAUAAUAUUGAAAAUCAGGGAAAAAUUCUAUGGGUUAGUUUUCAAUAAUAAUAUACAGAUGUCAGAAAAUUAGGAAUUCCUUAUUUUUUAUUACAGUAAUCAACAACUAUCAGUUUCAAUAACGUAUCUCUAGAACAAUUUAUAUUAAAAUGUUAUUUCCAAUAUUUAUAGCACAACGAUAUUGUUCAUUUUAGUCAGGGAACAUAAUGAACAUAACACCUGCCAGGUUAUGCUGUUUUCCAUAGAGCAGAUCAACAAAAGCACAGUCCUGCUGCCCGGUGUCUCUAUGGCCAUAAGAUCUAUGACUCGUGUGGCUCCAUAGCCAGGGAGGUGAAGGUGGCCCUGGCCCUGGCUAACGGGAACCGGGAUACAGCCUCAGAGGAGCAAGGCUGCUCCAGAUCAGCCCAGGUUCAGGCCAUCAUGGGGGAGGACUCCUCCUCACUCAGCGUGGCCACUGCUACCAUCCUCGGACCUUUCCAUAUCCCAAUGGUAGGCAGUGGGAAGGGUUAGGAGUCAAGAGGGCAUCAGUGCAUUAAGAUGUUUUAUUAAGAUGUUAAUUAACUCAAAACAUGCUCGUUGGUAGUCAUGAACAACCUUUUGACCAAGGCUUUUUCCCAAAAAUAACUAAGAGUAUUUGGAUAUGUUAUCUAUUCUUAUACUGUAGGUAGAUAGUUGUAAGUCCUAAUUGGUUGUUUAUUGUGACUCCUGUGUCAUUUUUAUCCUCAGAUCAGCCGCUUUGCUACAUAUGGGUGUCUGAGUGACAAAGUCAAGUACCCCUCCUUCUUCAGAACCAUCCCCAGUGACUUCUACCAGAGCAGAGCCCUGGCCCAGCUGGUCAAGCACUUUGGCUGGACCUGGGUGGGUGCCAUCCGAACCAACGACGACUAUGGCAACAAUGGCAUGGCCAUGUUCACUGAGACGCCAGAGCAGCUGGGGAUCUGUCUGGAGUACUCUGUGGCCUUCUACAGGACAGACCUGGAGGAGAAGCUGCAGAGGGUCAUAGAGGGCAUCAAGACGCCCAAAUCCAAGGUCAGUGUCACCUUCCUCUCAUUCCUGGACCUAGAUUUGCCCGACACAAUUGGACAGGCUACAAGUGGGUGGGCUCCAAGGGCUGGAUCAUUGACUCCUACAUCGCAAGGGUGGAGAGCCACCACGUCCUGAACGGAGCCAUAGGCCUGUCCAUCGCCAAAGCCCACGUCGCAGGGCUAGGGGAGUUCAUCCUGGAUGUGAGGCCCUUUAACUCCUCCGGCAUUGACAGCAGCCUGUUCACUAAGUUCUGGGAGGCUCUGUUUGACUGUCGCUUCAGGCAGGAUGAGAGGUCAGAGUCAGAGAGGGGUCAGACUCAGAGUGUACAGGCAGGGAUGCAGAACAUCUGCACUGAUCUGUCUGGGCUGUAGAACAUCUUCACUGAUCUGUCUGGGCUGCAGAACAUCUUCACUGAUCUGUCUGGGCUGCAGAACAUCUUCACUGAUCUGUCUGGGCUGCAGAACAUCUUCACGGAUCUGUCUGGGCUGGAGAACAUCUUCACUGAUCUGUCUGGGCUGCAGAACAUCUUCACUGAUCUGUCUGGGCUGUAGAACAUCUUCACUGAUCUGUCUGGGCUGUAGAACAUCUUCGCUGAUCUGUCUGGGCUGGAGAACAUCUUCGCUGAUCUGUCUGGGCUGCAGAACAUCUUCACUGAUCUGUCUGGGCUGCAGAACAUCUUCACAGAUCUGUCUGGGCUGCAGAACAUCUUCACAGAUCUGUCUGGGCUGCAGAACAUCUUCACAGAUCUGUCUGGGCUGCAGAACAUCUUCACUGAUCUGUCUGGGCUGCAGAACAUCUUCACUGAUCUGUCUGGGCUGCAGAACAUCUUCACUGAUCUGUCUGGGCUGGAGAACAUCACUGAUCUCUCUGGGCUGCAGAACAUCUUCACCUGA